AGUGCCUGCUGUACCUCAUCUGUACCGGAUGUCUCUCCUGCUUUUAUCCUUCUUUACAUUUUAUUCCAUCUUGUUUCAUGGACACUUUUGAAAAGACAUGAAUGCAAGCUAUGGCAACGCACCGGACUGAUUAAUAAAGAAUCAGAAGGACGGAUCUUUACUUCGGUUCGGACGGACAGAAACACCGGAUGCUUCCUCGCUCUCCUUUUCUUUAAGAUUGCGUCUGAUAGACAGUACGACAGACAGACAGACAGACACAGACAGACAGACCGUGUCCCUGUGUGAGAAAUGGCUCUCGCGCUCACUAUCCUCCCGGUUUUCUGUAUGCUCGUGUCGUGCGCGCGCGCGGACGCCAACAACGCGGGCGGCAAAGCGCGCAGCUGCUCGGACGCGCGGCGCUUCUACAGCGGCAAAGGCUUCACGCUCAACGGAGUCCCGCACGCAGAGAUAUCCGGUGAGCAUCUGCGAGUGUGUCCUCAGGGCUACACCUGUUGCACAAGUGCCAUGGAGGAGACGCUGUCCAACCUGAGUCGUAGAGAAUUUGAAGGCUUGGUGAGAGAGGCAGGACGCUCUAUUCAGGCUUCCCUGAACGCCCAGUACAGGAGCUUUGACACAUACUUUCUGGAACUUCUGGACAGGUCUGAGAGCUGGUUGGAGGAAUCAUUUGUUAAGGCACUGGGAUCUCUAUACACACCUAAUGCUGGGGUUUUCCGUGACCUCUAUGCUGAUUUGCGCCGAUACUAUCGUGGCACGUCACUGAAUUUAGAGGAGGCACUAGAUGAGUUCUGGAUGCGGCUGCUGGAGCGCCUGCUAAAGGCCUCUAACCCGUCCCUCGUCUCCGAUGACUUCCUUGAGUGUGCAUCUAAACAGACUGAGACCCUGCGUCCAUUUGGGGAUGCUCCGCGAGAGCUCAGGGUCCGACUGGUGCGUGUGUUGAUCGCUGCUCGUGCCUUUGUGCAGGGUCUUAACGUCGCUGGAGAGGUUGUGAGGAAGGUUUCUCAGGUUCCCCUGAGCCCUGAAUGUAACCGUGCCAUCAUGAAGCUGGUGUACUGCCCACACUGCCGUGGUCUCAGCUCAGCCAAACCCUGUGCUAACUACUGCAAGAACGUCAUGAAGGGCUGUCUGGCUAAUCAGGCUGACCUGGAUGCAGAGUGGCAGAACCUUAUUGAUACUAUGCUUCAGGUGGCUGUUAGCUUCGGUUCUGAGCCCAGCAUGGACGUGGUGCUGCACUCCAUCCCUGUACGCAUCUCCGAGGCUGUGCUGCACAUGCAGGAAAACAUGGAGCUUUACACAAUCAAGGUUUUACAGGCAUGUGGAGGGCGUGGAGAGGAAGGCACGCAGAGUUCGGUGUCUGAUGAGCCAAAAAAGAAGGGCAAGACUGUAACAGCACUGGAGUAUAAGGCCAGCUCCUCAGCAGCUGUCAGACUGGAAGUGCAGGUCUCUGAUGUAUCUAGUAAGCUAAAGGAGAUGCAGCUGUACUGGAUUCAGCUCCCCUCAGCUCUGUGCGACAGUAAAGCAGCUUCUGGUUCCACCAGCGAUGAGGACUGUUGGAACGGCGUGGCCAGAGCACGCUACCUCCCCCAGCUUAUGGGAGAUGGUCUAGCCAAUCAGGUCAAUAAUCCUGAGGUGGACAUUGACAUCACCAAGCCUGACAUGACGAUACGACAACAGAUUAUGCAGCUGAAGAUAAUUUCUAAUCGCCUGAAAAACGCCCUUGAUGGCAAUGAUGUGGAUUUUGAGGACACAAGAGAUGAUAUCAGUGGUUCUGGCAGUGGCAUGUGCAACGAGCCGCUCUGUGGCCGAAGCAGGCCACCAGUGUUUGGGCCUAAACUGGACAGAUCCAAAGUAGAUGCCUACAGUCCAGAGGACAAACAAGUAAAAGGUGGCGGAAGCCCAACUAUACCAUCUGCCUUCCAAAUCAUGGUGCUGGUCUUGAUCAGUCUGCUGUUCAGACGGUAA